AUGGAGAUCGAGAAGGAGUUCCAGCGGCUCGAUCAGGCGGACAGCUGGGCCGCCAUCUACCAGGAAAUCAAACAUGAAGCGAGUGACUUUCCGUGUAAAGUGGCCAAACAUCCGAAAAACAAAAAUCGCAACAGGUACAGAGAUGUCAGCCCCUUUGACCACAGCCGAAUUAAGCUGCAGCAAGGUGACAAUGAUUAUGUCAAUGCAAGUUUGAUAAAAAUGGAGGAGGCAAACAGAAGUUAUAUCCUUACACAGGGUCCGCUUCCAAAUACUUGUGGUCACUUUUGGGAGAUGAUUUGGGAACAGAAAAGCUGUGGUGUUGUCAUGCUUAACAGAGUUAUGGAAAAGGGAUCAAUAAAAUGUGCACAAUAUUGGCCACAAAAAGAGGAGAAAGAAAUGUUCUUUGAAGAUACAAACUUUAUAUUGACCUUAAUAUCAGAAGAUGUAAAAUCCUAUUAUACAGUCCGACAAUUAGAACUGAAUAACCUCAUAACACAUGAAACGCGAGAAAUUCUGCAUUUUCAUUACACAACGUGGCCUGACUUUGGAGUCCCGGAAUCUCCAGCUUCAUUCCUCAACUUCCUGUUCAAAGUGAGAGAAUCGGGGUCUCUGAGUCCUGAGCAUGGUCCCAUUGUAGUGCAUUGCAGUGCUGGAAUUGGAAGAUCAGGAACUUUUUGUCUGGUUGAUACUUGUCUUCUCUUGAUGGACAAAAGGAAAGAUCCUUCUUCUGUCGACAUUAAACAGGUUCUUUUAGAAAUGAGGAAAUACCGAAUGGGGCUUAUACAAACAGCAGACCAACUUCGCUUCUCAUACUUGGCUGUUACAGAGGGAGCCAAAUUUAUUAUGGGCGAUUCUUCAGUACAAGAGCAGUGGAAAGAACUCUCUAAUGAAGACUUGGAUCCACCACCAGAGCAUACUCCUCCCCCUCCAAGGCCACCCAAAAGAACCUCUGAAAUGAAUAAUGGAAGGGUGCAUGAUCCUAUGGAAGUUUUUUCAAAGCAUCCAAGGGCUGAGGAAGAAAUCAAGUACGCUGCCAGGGCUUUGGAAGCCAGUGUCCUGGAUGGCAGAGCUUAUUCCUCUGAGCAGCAGGGCAUGGAGAGCACCAGUCCAGAUAGUACGCUUAGGAAGAGAACUGUUGAUGCUUCACCAUGCAAUGAUGAAAUUUUGAAGCCAGAAGAAGAGGAUGAAGAAAGCAUGAUGACAACUUGGAAACCAUUCCUGGUCAACAUCUGCAUGUUCACUGUCCUGACAGCGGGCGCAUACCUCUGUUACAGAGUAUAUUUUCAUUGAUGGACAUCACUUUGGUGGUAUCAGAAUACCAGUAACAUCCGUGGUGUUUCAUUUGUUUCUGUACAAGAAAGCUAAAGGGGGCAACUAAGCCUUAUCCAAGUGGAAAUGUAUGGUAUGUUAGAGAAGUUGGAACUUUGGUUAGGGUUUAAAGAGAAAGUUGAUGCACUAGGGUUUAGGAUUUAGCCCUAGGUCCCAAGAACAUAAUAUUCUAAUCUCAGGGCCUUAAGAUAUUCAGGAGUAAGCAGAGAAUAUGCCAAAUAAGUCUUGUGUUUUUCAUU